AUGAACCAGAGCCCUUUUGACCUUCCAGACGAUGGCGAAGAAGGGGAGAUAGGGGAGACCACUCCAGAAGAACCUACACCAAUGGACGAACCACCUCUCAGGGAAAUACCCCAAGUAGAGACAGUCAACGACGAUGACGACAACAUUGCAAGCCAUCAGAAGGACGAGCGCGAGAAAGGAUCAUCUAACACAGAGAAACCGUUCAUCUUCAACAAACGACAAAUGAAGAUUGACAAUCCCACCGAAUCAGGACCACCUCCUGAACAGAUGAUCGAAAGAACAUUUCUCAUGCCGCCUGCAGAAGAUGGAACUCGAGUAAGAGCCAAGAUCCUUGAAAGAGUCAAACACCACAAGGAGAAGUUCAGCAACAUCCCGAUAUGA